CAUUGCACAAACCAGACCCUUACCUUCUCUUUUGGAAGCUGGUUUUUCCCUGCUGCGGGUGCCCUCUCAGCAAGCACAGUGCUAGGGGGGCACCCAUGCAGGCAGGAGCGGACUGACAACUCAUGGGGCCCCCGGGCAAUAGGGGAUCAUGGGGCCCCUGUGUCCUUGCCCAAACUCAAAAAAGCCUAUGAAAAAGGUAACAGGGGCAUCUCAUGGGGCCCCCUACUGACCCCGGGCCCUCGGGCAGUGCCCGAGAUUCCAAAUGGUCAGUCCGCCCCUGUUCCCACCAUGAGUGUAGGGCAGGUAGGGAUUUGUGAGAGCCGCCAAGAGGAAAGCUGUCCUUCUAAACACAGAAAGCUUCUGUGUUUACAAGUUACA